GCGAGUCGCCGACUUCCAGGGGGGAGCGCCUAGUCCACCUGGCUUCCGUGGGCCCUCCCCAACUCUGAACUGUGCAAGUGAUUUACAUCUUUCAAGAUCUUCUCCACCAUGGCCCGACGCACCCGCAGCAGCCGGGCCUGGCAUUUUGUUCUGAGCGGGGCCCGCCGGGAGGCAGAUGCCCGAGCUGUGGCUUUGGCCUCUGGCACCACCAACUGGGGCUAUGAUUCUGAUGGACAGCACAGUGACUCAGACUCAGAGGCAGAGUUCCCUUCCCUGCCACCCUCCAUCCCGAGUGCUGUGCCUGUGACUGGGGAAUCCUACUGCGACUGUGAGAGCCAAAGCGAAACUCCGUACUGUGCCAGCCUCCAUACCAGCCAUCGAAGCAGGGACUGCCAGUGUGGCGAGGAAGAUGACUAUUUUGAUUGGGUAUGGGAUGAUCUGAACAAAUCGACGGCCACUCUGCUAAGUUGUGACAACCGCAAAGUCAAUUUCCAUAUGGAAUAUAGCUGUGGCACAGCGGCCAUACGAGGGAACAAGGAACUAUGUGAAGGCCAGCAUUUUUGGGAAAUUAAGAUGACUUCCCCAGUCUACGGCACCGAUAUGAUGGUUGGUAUUGGGACAUCAGAUGUAAAUCUGGAUAAGUACCGCCAUACAUUCUGCAGCUUGCUGGGCAAGGAUGAAGACAGCUGGGGCCUUUCCUACACAGGACUUCUCCAUCACAAGGGUGACAAGAUGAGCUUCUCCUCACGGUUUGGCCAGGGUUCCAUCAUCGGGGUUCACCUAGACACUUGGCAUGGGACACUGACCUUCUUCAAAAACAGGAAAUGCAUAGGAGUUGCUGCCACCAAACUGCAGAACAAGAAAUUCUACCCCAUGGUUUGCUCCACUGCCGCCAAGAGUAGCAUGAAGGUGAUUCGUUCUUGUGCCAGCCUCACUUCCUUGCAAUAUCUGUGUUGCUACCGUCUUCGCCAACUGCUGCCUGAUUCUGGAGACACACUGGAAGGAUUGCCUCUACCUCCUGGCCUCAAGCAGAUGCUGCACAACAAACUGGGCUGGGUCCUGAGCAUGAACUAUAGCCCCCUACCGUCACAGUCGCCCAAGGCGGCAGCAUGCUCGGGGAGCCCAGAGGCCAAGCCAUGUCAAAGGAAGCGGUGUCGACGGACUUAACUUAUUUUCCAAUGAAAACUGCCUUGUUGGGCUUGGGGUGGCUUCUCUUUCUUUUCCCUUUCCUCCACACACUCUUGGGACAAGAGGGAAGGUUGGGAGGGGAGGUUGCCCAUCCCCUUCCUUGGGAAAAGCUCCAGUGGUUUGAAUUUGCCAAGAUACUCCCCUCAUUCAGGAACUAGUUUAAGGACACAGCACCUGCUCCUCACCUGGACUGGAAGACUGUGCCAUGAACCCAAGAGCAUCUGCUUGGAAACAGAUAACAGUAAGGCUCCCUGAGCCCUUAUUCUGGACUUAGCCCAAGGGUCACUCCAGGUCCUCUGUAGGGUGGUGGAGAUUGCAGUGCUACUGCCUCCAUCAGGGGACAGCAUAUGAUCACUCCAAUCACUCCUGCCUCAUGGGAGGGGGAGGAUAAUGCUGCAGCCUAGCCUCAGUUGUUCUCAAAUGUCCAGCUGAGAGGGGCAAGGAGAAAAGCCUGAUUAAUAUUGUGAUGUGUUCCCUCCCCACCUCUUGGGGCUUCAGAACUAGGAUCUAGAAUUUUUAAAAAACAAACAAAAAAAACAAAACCUGCUUUUGCAUGUUGUCAGCUUCUUUUCUGCUCCUGUAUCAGAGACUGUAUCAAAUCACUGUAAUAAAGUCAAAAUAGUUUAUAUUGAAUUACAGAUGACAAAAGUAAAUGGGCCCAUGUUUAGGAGUUGGGUGGAUGUGUGAUAUGUGAGGGGUGGUCUAAGUACCGUUGUGAUGACCUAAGGGGCCUUCAGGUUCAUAGAAUCUUGCUAAGAUGGUGUGAGUUGCCAGGUACUCUAAUCCCCUGCUUAUUAAAAUUGUAACUGCAUCCUAUCUAUGCUGGAAAUGGUGAAAGAGUUUAGAGUUCUCCUCUAAACUUUAAUGAAUUUUUCAUUGAAGAAAAAAAAAAUCUUGGCCCAACAGAAUAACCAUCAAUUUAUAUCAUCUGGCUCAGUUGUCAUACUAGCCCUUUAGCUCUCACCUUGUUCAGCUUACUGAUACUUCCCACUUCAUUCCUUAAUUACAUCUCUUGCUUUGUUGCCCCUUUCCAUGUUUCUUGCCACCCACAAUUUCUGCUUCGAAAAAGCUUAGCCUCGUUUCCCAUGUCUUUGUUCUUCUGCCUGGUUCCUUCUCCACCUUAAUGCUGGGCAGCAAGGCAUCAAGAAAAAGCCAAUUGCUGUACUAACAAACACUCCUGAAAAGCUGGGAAAUGGGGGGGGGGGGGGGAUAUUUUUUUUUUUUUUUUAACCUUUAUGGGUUUUGCCACAAAUCAAUCCACACAAAAAGUCAGGAUUCCACAAAAUGGGAGACUCAAAGGGAUAGAUUUGGGCUGACUCUUCAGAACCGAAUCAGAUAAUCUUUAUUGCAGUGUUGCUGAGCCAGAGACAGGCCUUCCUGCUCUGUUGUACAAAGUGCAUGUGCCUAAAGGUACCCAGUGAUCAUGUACAAGUUGGUAAUUCCCACACCUCCUAUCCUUCCCCCUUAUCCAGUAACCUUAUAACAGCUUUUGAACCCUCUUGGUCUGGGGUUGGAGGGUGUAAGGGGAGGAGAUGUAAGAUGAUCUGACAGAUAGGGUUGUGGAAGCUGAACAAGGAGAGAACUAAAGGGAUAGUAUGACAACUGAGCCAGAUGAUUUUGGCCCUGAUUACUUGUAGGUAGGGGAUUGCAAAAAGUCUUAGUCCUAUCUGUGUUAGAAGACUUGGAUCAGCAGCCCAUGUUUUGUGACUCUUUGAGUUGUACACUGUCUUUCCUUGAGUGCCCUGUUCAGCAAGCCUUGCUCCUGGUUUCCAUUCUACUUAAGUCUACCUUGACUUAACUCGCCUGGCCAGGCUCUCCAAUAGAGAGUCUGGUGGGCCUCAAUUUGAAUCGGUAUUGUCAUUGCUCCUAAAAAGAGGCAGCCCAUUUAUUAAGGCAGACCAAGGGAUGAUGUCGGAGAACUUGCAUCCCCAAGGAGAAAGCACAGAACACAGAAUCUUGUAUUUUUAAGAUGAUCUAACUCGUAGGGUUGUGGAUGUUAAGCCAGAAGGGAUACACUUUGGAGGUCGUUUGUUAUGAAUUGUCAUUUUACAGAUGAGACUGGGUUCUCUACUACUCGCUGUACAGAUGAGAGUAUAUAUGAGUAAAAGUUUCCUCGGCUAGACAAUGUAAUGAAAUCAAGGCUGGAAAUGAGAACUGAAUGCUUAGAAUACAAAAUUUCUGAAUGUGUGCUAGUACAACUGUUAUUCUAAAAGAUUGGCAGUGAUCUCUCCUAGGCCCACCCUGGCCAGGGAUUGAAGCACUUGUACUGACCAUGGGCAAUGACCUUUGUAAUUGCACACACAUGCUGGCUUAGCUCCUGCUGUGAGUGCAGUUGUAAUAUCACCAAGGUUUGUGAAGGAGGAGGAGAUGAAGGACAAAAAGUACAGUUUAGGAGGGGGCAGUGCCCUACCAAUCUAACAUGAUUUAGAAAGAAACUUAAAGCAUCACAGAUGACUGAAAUUGCAAAUAGUGAUGUGAUUCAACAUCUCCUGUGCCCUUUCUGCCCAGCACUAGGGCAGUCCCUCAGAAAAAAGGCCCUCAAAGUUGGUUAGGGCCAGAAAUUAACCUUCCUAGUCUUUAGUAGCAGGGUCUUCAUCUCUGCCACCUUUGAGCUGGAUAUUACUCCAUCUGACUCCUGCUGAACUCCCUUGGCAUCAGAUUGCAAGAACCUGAGCAAAAACUUUUGUCUUUCUGGUUCAUCCAUUUUUCCUCUCCCCACCCACAGAAAACUGCUAUCUUGGGGUAGUUUCCUUUGUGGCCUUUGGGUAGUCUGGGAUGACUAACACUGAAGGAGACUUAAGGAAAGUCCCAUCUCACUAAGCACACCGCUGAAUGAUGGCUUUUCUUUGCAUCCCUUAAGGCUCCUGGAACAGAACAAAGCAAGGAACUACAGUAACCAGCAGCAUUCUCAGGUACAAUCCCAAGGAACCGCCAGCAGUGAAAUGAUCCUGCCGCCAAAAGAAAGGAGCUAGUGGUAGAACCCUCUCAUGAGAAAGGGCAAUGAGGAAACUGGGGUCUUGUUUUGUGUCGUCUUAUUUUUUCUUAAAACUUUGCCUUCAAUAAAGUCAGUAGUGUUUGUUAAUGAA